ACCCUAUCUUUAGGCAAAGGCACGACAAGGGCAUAAAAAUGGCUACAAAUAUCACCUGACGACAUGAGAGCUUAUUUUGAAUUAGUUUGGCCUCGACCACGCAAAAGUCAACAUGCCACAAUGCGCAUUUAAAAAUUGUAGAAACAAUUAUCGAAAAUGUAAAUUAGCUGACGGAAUAUCAUAUUUUCGUUUCCCUAACAAUCCAUACCGCGCUGCAAAAUGGGUAGCGAUAGUUGCUACUGAAAGAGCAGAAGAAUUCUAUAAGCCUACAAAAAACUCUGUUAUAUGUUCAGAACACUUUGAUUUUAACGAUAUUAUAGGAAAUACUGAACGUCGUAGAUUGGAUAAAUCAGCCGUGCCUAAGUUUAAGAUUCAAUCAAUUCCACCAGAAGAGAUCCUUGGGAGAAAAUCAAGGACACGUUAUAAGGCCGAGAAGACUGAAAUAGAAGACUUACGAAUUAUUAACGAAGUUGACAGUGCACAUACAAGCUGUGAGGACCAAGAUGACAUAUCCAGUAGCCCUUCAAUGUCCCCGUCAGAAAACGAAACACUAACAGAAACGAAUAAUGCAGAAUAUUUAAAAGAAAAGUUAAUAAAAUGUCGUAAAAUUAUACAACAAAAGUCAACGACGAUCAGCAAUUUGACAAGAAUGAACAAAAAAUUAGAAGAUCAAAAUAAUACAUUGAAAAACACAAUAGAUUUCUUACUAAAUCAUUAUGAAAGCAAUACCAUUGGAAAACAUUUUUUAGAAAAUUUUGAUUAAGUAUUUAUUUAAAAAAAGUUAAACAUAAAUAAUACACUUAAAGUGUAGUAUAACUACCUCAGUAUUGUGCGUUUCUGGAUAUUUUCUCCUUCCAUUAUCUCAUCAAAGAUGAAAGUAAUGAAAUAUUUUAAUUCAUAAAGACAAUAAUAUCUGACACAUUUGUCUCCAUAAUUGGUAACAGUAAAAACAAAUAAAACAUGUUUUUGAAAU